AUGGAUGCAGGUAUGAACACAUCUUCGCACUUGAAGGCUCAAGCUCGUUGCCCUCUUCAAGAACACUUCCUUCCCAGGAAAAACUCCAAGGAAAAUCUUGACAGAUUCAUACCAAACAGAUCAGCCAUGGAUUUCGACUACGCACACUACGCACUUACCGAAGGAAGGAACGUUAAAGAUCAAGAAACCACGGUAAGCUCGCCAUCCAGAGAGGCCUACAAGAAGCAACUCGCUGAGACCAUGAAUCAGAAUCACACAAGGAUUCUCGCAUUCAGAAACAAACCUCAAGCUCCUGCCGAGUUGCUUCCCACCGACCACUCUGCUUCUCUUCUUCACCAACAACCUAAAUCCAUAAAGCCUCGUAGACACAUUCCUCAGACUUCUGAGAGGACACUGGACGCACCUGACAUUGUGGAUGACUUCUACCUUAAUUUACUUGACUGGGGUAGUGCUAAUGUUUUGGCUAUUGCGUUGGGACACACUGUUUAUCUCUGGGAUGCAUCUAGUGGCUCCACAUCUGAGCUUGUGACUAUUGAUGAAGAGAAAGGACCUGUCACGAGUAUCAACUGGGCACCUGAUGGUCGCCAUGUUGCUGUUGGACUCAACAACUCUGAAGUUCAGCUCUGGGAUUCUGCUUCCAACCGUCAACUGAGGACAUUGAAGGGUUGCCACCAGUCAAGAGUAGGAUCAUUGGCAUGGAACAAUCAUGUUCUGACAACGGGAGGAAUGGAUGGAAAGAUUGUUAACAACGAUGUACGGAUCAGAUCACACAUUGUGGAGACUUACAGUGGUCACACACAAGAGGUUUGUGGGCUUAAGUGGUCAGGAUCCGGACAGCAACUAGCAAGUGGUGGAAACGACAAUGUGGUACACAUAUGGGAUCGUUCUGUGGCGUCUUCAAACUCCACCACGCAGUGGCUACACAGGCUUGAGGAGCAUACAUCUGCUGUGAAAGCCCUUGCGUGGUGCCCUUUCCAAGCGAAUUUGUUAGCGACUGGUGGUGGUGGAGGAGAUAGGACGAUCAAGUUCUGGAACACUCACACGGGGGCUUGUUUGAAUUCGGUGGAUACUGGAUCACAAGUUUGUUCUUUGUUGUGGAGCAAGAAUGAAAGAGAGCUGCUUAGCUCACAUGGGUUUACACAGAAUCAGCUCACGUUGUGGAAGUAUCCAUCUAUGGUGAAGAUGGGUGAGCUCAAUGGGCAUACAUCAAGAGUUCUGUAUAUGGCCCAGAGUCCUGAUGGUUGUACCGUAGCUACAGCAGCAGGAGAUGAGACACUGAGGUUUUGGAAUGUUUUUGGAGUGCCAGAGACUGCCAAGAAACCUGCUCCAAAAGCUGUACACGAGCCAUUCUCUCAUGUGAAUCGUAUUCUCAUAAGACAAAGCGUCGUCGUUUUACCAUUAAACCCUAGAUCCUUUCAUCUCUCACCCGCCGCGAGGCACCACCUCUGCACAUUCUCCUCAGCAAAUCAACCGAAGAGAACAGAAACGGUAGAGAUGGGUAAAGAGAUAGAAUCCCCGAAGGAACAGAGCUCCUACACCGUUGAGCAGCUCGUCGCCGUCAACCCCUUCAACCCUGAGAUCUUACCUGAUCUCGAAAACCACGUCACCGAACAGGUCACAUCGCAAACGUAUAGUCUCGAUGCCAAUCUAUGCUUGCUCCGUCUCUACCAGUUUGAGCCUGAGCGUAUGAACACUCAUGUGGUGGCUCGUAUCUUGAUCAAGGCUCUUAUGGCUAUGCCAUCUCCAGACUUUAGCCUUUGCCUCUUUUUGAUUCCCGAAAGAGUGCAAAUGGAGGAGCAGUUCAAGGCACUCAUUGUUCUCUCACACUACCUUGAGACUGGGAGGUUCCAGCAGUUCUGGGAUGAAGCCUCUAAGAACCGUCACAUUCUCGAGACUGUUCCAGGUUUUGAGCAAGCUAUCCAAGCAUAUGCAACUCACCUUCUUAGCUUAAGCUACCAAAAGGUUCCAAGAUCUGUGCUUUCCGAGGCUGUUAACAUGGAUGGUGCAUCCCUAGACAAGUUCAUUGAGCACCAAGUGACGAACAGUGGAUGGAUCGUUGAGAAAGAAGAUGGAAGUAUCGUCUUACCACAGAAUGAAUUUAAUCAUCCUGAGCUUAAGAAGAAUACAGGUGAGAAUGUUUCCUUGGAACAUAUUGCCCGCAUCUUCCCCAUCCUUGGUUGAACCAAUUUUUAAAUGAGAACUCUGUAGUUUUUUUUUUUUCCUUUGGAUCUCUCUGCCUUUUAUGUAAUGCAACAUUUUAAGUCGAUGUAAUGUGAUUUUGGCUUUGAGCUUCUUUUGAUUCUUUGCAAAUUAGGGAAUACUUUCUUAAGAAUCAAGUAAACCGAGACUUUGCCAUUAGUAGAUUGAUCGAUUAUACUUGCCUGUAAGAGAAUUGGGAUGCCAUAGUUUAUAUUGGGCUCUUUGAGCUACAAGGUGUUGGUAACAGGUCUUGAAUCAUUUUCUGCAAGACAUGCUC